AUGAAGAUGCGCUGGCUGUCCAGCCUACUGGCCUUACCCGCACUGUUAACAACCACAUGCUAUGCGAGACGAGACUACGACGCCCACGACUACUACGCCGUCCACUUACGACCAGGGGUCAGCCCUGACGCCGUCUCCUCCCACCUGGGCCUCGACAAUGAAGGCCCCCUCGGUCAGCUAGACGACCACUACAUCUUCCGCGCUCACGAGCCCGUGUUCGAGUACGACCACAUCACCACUGCCAUUUCAGACCUCAAGCGACGAAGGCGGAAACGAGAGGCUGGCGCAGAAUUGCCGCAUGUCCUCGAUGAUGUCCUCCUCGCUCAGAAGCAGGAGCUGCAUAAGCGCUUCCCUCUGGUCAAGCGCGGUCCUCUCGCUAUACCCUCCCCUCGCGCGCCAGCACUCGCACCACGGCAGAGUUACCCACCCAUCGAAGAGGCGGUUCAGGAGGGUAUAGAUUUGGCUAAGAAGCUGGACAUUCAGGAUCCCAUAUUUCAAGAGCAGUGGCAUCUCUUCAACCACCUACAGCCUGGACACGAUAUAAACGUUACAGGACUAUGGGCACAGAACAUCACCGGACAUGGCAGUACGGUGUGUAUUGUAGACGAUGGCUUGGACUUUGACUCGAACGACAUCAAACCCAAUUACUUCGCCGCCGGCAGCUGGGACUACAACGAUGUCGGACCCGAUCCCAAGCCACGGCUGAUCGAUGACCGACACGGCACGCGCUGCGCUGGAGAAGUAUCGGCAGCCAGGAAUGACGUCUGCGGUGUGGGUGUUGCCUACGAUUCGAGGAUUGCUGGUGUCCGAAUCCUCAGCAAGCUCAUCUCCAACGCCGACGAAGCGGAGGCUAUGAACUACGCGUUCCAAGAGACGGACAUCUACUCAUGCUCGUGGGGUCCGCCGGACAAUGGGGAGGCCAUGGAGGCCCCGGAUAUCCUCAUCGCGCGUGCCAUGGUUAAAGGGGUAGAGAAGGGUCGCGGUGGCAGAGGGUCGAUAUAUGUGUUUGCCAUUGGCAAUGGCGCCGCCGCGGACGACAACUGCAAUUUCGAUGGAUACACGAACUCGAUCUAUUCAGUCUCUGUAGGUGGGAUCGACAGAAAGGGACUACACCCAUAUUACUCGGAGAAGUGCUCGGCGCAGCUGGUGGUGACCUACUCAUCUGGCUCUGGUGAUGCGAUUCACACCACGGAUGUCGGGCAGGACAAGUGCUACUCCAACCACGGCGGUACAUCUGCUGCUGGGCCUCUAGUCGCAGGCAUCUACGCUCUAGCACUGCAGGCGAACCCGAAGCUCACAUGGCGCGAUAUACAAUACCUGACUGUUCUCUCUGCCGUGAAGGUUGAUCAGCCCUCCGACUGGACGAUGAAUAAAGCGGUUGGCAAGGAGUUCUCGCACCAGUUCGGAUACGGGAAAGCAGAUGCUUAUGCGCUCGUAGAUAUGGCGAAGCACUGGAAGCUUGUCAAACCGCAAGCAUGGUACUUUGGGCCUUGGCUGCACGUUCGCCAUGCCAUUCCUCAAGGCGAGAAGGGUCUGGCAUCGCACUUCGAAGUGACCAAGCAGAUGUUGAAGGACGCCAACCUCGAGCGCCUGGAGCACGUCACCGUCACCAUGAACGUCGAGCAUACCCGCCGCGGCGACCUAAGCGUCGAGCUCAAAUCCCCCUCGGGCAUGGUUAGCCACAUCGCCACGCACCGCCGCAACGACGAAAAACGCGCCGGCUACGUCGACUGGACCUUCAUGUCUGUCGCGCACUGGGGCGAGUCCGGCGUCGGCAAAUGGACCGUCGUCGUCAAGGACACCAACGUCAACGAGCACAAGGGCGUCUUCACCGACUGGCGCAUCAAGCUGUACGGCGAAGCCCGCGACGCCAGCAAAGCCUCCCCGUUACCCUUGCCGAAAGCCCACGACGACGACGACCACGAUGUCGUGCACACCGAGACGGCGUCGGCGCAUACGACGAGCGUGGCCGUGCCGACGGAGACGGGGAAACCGCCGGGGAAUCCGGAUGAUCAUCAACAUCGCCCUGUAAAUGGCAAAAUCAGCACGACCAAAACCACCGCACAACCCACCCCGACCCCUACAACAUCUCAAGACGACGUCGCCUCCCCCUCCCCCUCACCAACAGAAACAGAAAGUUCCUCCAACUUCCUCCCCCGCCCCUUCCCCACCUUCGGCGCCAGCAAACGCACCCAAAUCUGGAUCUACGGCGCCCUGGCCCUGAUCCUCGCCUUCCUCGCCGCGCUGGGCGGGUGGUGGUACUGGAUGCGGCGCAAGAAGCGCUGGAUGGAGCGCGAUGACUACGGGUUCGAGAUGGUGGAUCGCGAGGACGAGGAUGAAGGGGUGCCGUUGGCGAAUGGAUUCGGGAAGCAGAGGAAGAGGCGGGCGGGGGAGUUGUAUGAUGCGUUUGCUGAGGGGAGUGAGGAUGAGGAUGGGAAUGGGGUUUUUGGGGUGGGGAGUGAUGAUGAGGGGAGUGAGAGUGGGGAUGGGGAUGAGGGUGGGGAGAUGUAUCGGGAUGAGAAGCCGGGAAGGGAGAGGAUAUAA